AUGGCCCCUGCACAGUUGAUGCGAUUUAGUGGAAAAUUCUAUAUUACAAUCGCCAAUCAGAAUAACCGUUUUAAAAAAAUAAACUUUGGUUUUAUCAAACUAAUGGAGUUCAAUCAAGCAAUUCCGGCUAUUAAACAGAGCUCGCUUACCAAUAUGUUUGCUGCGCAAAACGGGAACCAACGUCAUCCUUCAUUCCAGCGGCUACAAUCACAAGUAACUUCAAUAAUUUUAAUUUAUUUUGAUUCGUAUCAAUACACUACGGGAAAAAAAGAGGUGCUUCCGGGGGUUCAUUGGGGGUCCGCUCAGGAGGUCGUCCAGGUGGGUGUUUUUCGCCUACCCACUUUUUCACCUCCUGCCUGUUAUGGAUUAGUUUAUAACUCCGCUCUUUAA